AUGAAUCAGUCAAAUGUUAGUCUGCUUGACCUACCAAAUGAAAUAUUAAUUAUUAUUUUAAUGAAACGUGACAUUAUGGAUGUUCUCUAUUCCAUGAUGAAUAUUGGUAAUCAACGAGUUGCCAACUUGGUACCAGAAAAAACUUUCACUAAAUCUCUUAAUUUUGUAUUAAUAACGCCAAAUGAUAAUAUUUUCUCUAUUGAUGACUCAAUACUUAAUCGAUUCUAUAUCAACAUAUUGCCAAGAAUUGAUCACAAUGUUAAAUCUCUCAUUCUCGAAUCAGUAUCUGUGCAACGUAUUCUUCUUUCUGCCAAUUGUCCUAAUUUAACUGAACUUAAAAUCUUCAAACUUCAACGAACCAAUCUUUGCACAGCAUUUUGCAGCAGAGGUUUUAAUCAAAUUGAUUUACGACCAAAUGAAGCUAUUCAUCAAACAUUCAAAUAUUUUAAAGAUUAUCAAAUUAUUUCUUGUAUUGAUUAUUUUCAAAAAAGAAAUCGAAGUCAAUGUCAUAUUUAUUCAUAUCCAUAUCAAUUGAUGUAUUAUAAUAAAACAACAAAUAAUUUUUCAGGUGGAUUAUUAAAAUAUGUUUUUUACAUUUCAUUGUUUGAUGAACAUCCUUUUGAACAUGAAUUUUUUCUUCAAAUUUCUCAAUCAUUUCCAUUUUUAAAAAGAUUAUGUUUAGUUAAUGACAAAGGACAAAACAAUAAACAAUGUAUAAAAUCAAAUAAUCAUCAUCAAAAUUUAUCUAUCAUUAAAUAUCCUUAUCUUACUGAACUUAACUUUCUUCAAGCUCAUAAAGAUUAUAUUGAACAAUUUUUACUUGAUACAAAAACAUAUUUACCAUUUAAUGUGUCUUUUUUGUGA